AUGACUGGUGUUAUGGAGGCCGAGCGUGACAAGUACAAGAUGAUCGAUUUUGAAGAAACCGAGUUGCGACUCGGGCUGCCACUGAGUGCAAACGAGGGCGAGUCCACGCUCAUCAGAAACACUUGCACUGGUUCCUUCACUGGGAAGAGAGGGUUUUCUGAUACAAGCAGUGCUACCGUGGAUUUGAAGCUUAACCUUUCCUCAACCUCAAACAAUGUCUCCGCCUCACCCUCUUCUCAGAUGGCCAAAGAGAACAACGCUUCUGCUACUGCUAACAUCACUACACCUCCUUCUCCUCCUAGCGUUAAGGACCCAGCAAAGCCACCCGCAAAGGCACAAGUGGUGGGUUGGCCACCAGUGAGGUCAUUCCGAAAGAACAUCGUUAACAACGUUCAAAGGAGUACCAACAAAGAGGGGGAAAAUGGUGGCCCAAGUAGCAACAACAACAACAACGGGAACAUGGGAGGAGCUUUUGUUAAGGUGAGCAUGGACGGUGCUCCCUAUCUACGUAAAGUCGAUUUGAAGGUGUACAAGAGUUACCAAGAGCUGUCGGAUGCACUCGCAAAAAUGUUCAGUUCAUUCACCAUUGACAAGUGUGGAUCCCGAGGCAUGAAAGACUUCAUGAACGAGACCAAGUUGAUUGAUCUUCUCAACGGCUCUGAUUACGUUCCAACCUACGAAGACAAAGAUGGAGACUGGAUGCUCGUGGGUGACGUACCCUGGGAAAUGUUCGUGGAAUCAUGCAAGCGCCUGCGUAUAAUGAAAGGAUCUGAAGCAAUUGGGCUAGCACCGAGAGCAGUGGAAAAAUGCAAGAACAGAAGCUAG